GGCGGCGGCGGGGCCUGCGGGGGGGCUGGCCGGGCCCGGCCAGGCCGCGAUGGCGACCAAGAAGGCGGGCUCGCGGCUGGAGACGGAGAUCGAGCGCUGCCGCUCCGAGUGCCAGUGGGAGCGGAUCCCCGAGCUCGUCAAGCAGCUGUCGGCCAAGCUCAUCGCCAACGAUGACAUGGCAGAACUCCUCCUUGGGGAAUCAAAGCUGGAGCAGUACCUGAAGGAACACCCCCUGCGGCAGGGGGCCAGUCCCCGAGGCCCCAGGCCCCAGAUGACUGAGGUCCGCAAGCAUCUGACCGCUGCCCUGGACCGAGGGAACCUCAAGUCAGAAUUCCUACAAGAGUCCAAUCUGAUCAUGGCCAAGUUGGAUUAUGUUGAAGGAGACUAUGAAGCCGCUCUCAACAUUUAUGCCCGGGUGGGCCUGGAAGACUGGCCGCUGACGGGCGUCCCCCCUUACAGGUUACGGAUGGCCGCGGACGCCUACGCCACCAAAGGACUUUGUUUAGAGAAGUUGCCUAUUUCUUCUUCUACCAGUAAUCUCCUUGUGGAUCGGGAACAGGAUGUCAUCACGUGUUAUGAGAAGGCAGGGGACAUUGCACUCCUGUACCUCCAAGAGAUAGAAAGGGUAAUACUUUCUAAUAUUCAAAACAGAAGUCCUAAGCCUGGCUCUGCUCCCCACGAUCAAGAACUAGGUUUUUUCCUAGAAACAGGACUACAGAGAGCCCAUGUCCUCUAUUUCAAAAAUGGGAACUUGACGAGAGGGGUCGGGAGAUUUAGAGAGAUCCUCAGAGCAGUGGAAACGAGGACAACCCAGAACCUGCGAAUGACAAUAGCCAGGCAGCUGGCGGAGAUCUUGUUGCGGGGUAUGUGUGAGCAGAGCUACUGGAACCCUCUGGAGAAUCCACCAUGUCAGUCACCUCUGGACGAUCCUCUCCGGAAAGGAGCAAACACAAAAACCUACACCCUCACGCGGAAAGCCCGUGUCUACUCAGGAGAGAACAUUUUUUGUCCUCAAGAAAAUACUGAAGAAGCCCUGUUGUUAUUGCUGAUUAGUGAGUCAAUGGCCAACCGGGACGCUGUGCUGAGCAGGAUACCUGAGCACAAGAGCGACCGCCUCAUCAGUUUACAGAGUGCAUCUGUGGUCUAUGAUUUACUGACCAUCGCUCUUGGAAGAAGAGGCCAGUAUGAGAUGCUGUCAGAGUGCUUAGAAAGAGCCAUGAAGUUUGCCUUUGAGGAGUUCCACCUCUGGUACCAGUUUGCUCUGUCACUCAUGGCUGCUGGAAAAUCUGCUCGCGCGGUGAAGGUGCUGAAAGAGUGCAUCCGCCUGAAGCCGGACGACGCCACCAUCCCACUUCUGGCCGCAAAGCUGUGCAUGGGCUCCCUUCACUGGUUGGAAGAGGCUGAGAAGUUUGCCAAAACCGUCGUUGAUGCGGGAGAGAAAACGUCAGAGUUCAAGGCCAAAGGCUACUUGGCCCUGGGGCUUACGUACAGUCUGCAGGCCACUGACGCUUCUUUGCGAGGGAUGCAGGAGGUCCUACAGAGAAAGGCGCUUCUUGCAUUUCAGAGGGCCCACAGCCUGUCACCUACGGAUCACCAAGCAGCUUUCUACCUGGCUCUGCAGCUUGCCAUCUCCAGACAGAUACCAGAGGCUCUGGGGUAUGUCCGCCAAGCUCUUCAACUUCAAGGCGAUGAUGCCAACUCCCUGCACCUCCUUGCCCUCCUGUUGUCAGCACAAAAGCAUUACCAUGAUGCUCUGAAUAUCAUUGACAUGGCCCUGAGUGAAUAUCCAGAAAAUUUUAUACUACUGUUUUCCAAAGUGAGGCUGGAGUCGCUGUGCCGGGGCCCGGAUGAGGCGCUCCUCACCUGUAAGCACAUGCUGCAGACUUGGAAGUCCUGCUACAAUCUUACCAAUCCCAGUGAUUCUGGACGUGGGAGCAGCCUCUUAGAUAGAACCAUUGCUGACAGACGACAGCUUAAUACAAUUACUUUGCCAGACUUCAGCGAUCCCGAGACAGUGUCAGAUUCCUCCUCCUCCUCUUCUCUUUCAAGAACCGAAUCUCCUCUCCACCUGUUUGUAUCUUCUCAUCUUCAUUCUCAUCCCAAACCCGAUACCUUUGUGUGGCCCCCGGCAGCUCAUUCAGUCAGUGACCCAGGUCCCCGCCAGGAACCCUCUCUGUGCAACUCUCCAGAAGUAUACUUUCAUGGUUUUCCCUCCCUUUUUUCAGUUAGCUCUGUCCACGCCACGUCGGUAGCAGCCUCCAGAGUGGAGCAGGCACUGUCGGAAGUGGCGUCGUCUCUGCAGAGCAGUGCCCCCAAGCAGGGCCCGCUACACCCCUGGAUGACGCUGGCGCAGAUCUGGCUCCACGCAGCUGAUGUCUACAUCGGCAUUGGGAAGCCGGCAGAAGCCACAGCCUGUACCCAAGAAGCUGCCAACCUCUUCCCGAUGUCCCACAACGUCCUGUACAUGCGAGGCCAGGUUGCCGAGCUCCGAGGAAACAUCGAGGAGGCCCGGCGGUGGUAUGAAGAGGCCUUAUCCAUAAGCCCCACCCACGUGAAAAGCAUGCAGCGGCUGGCCCUGAUCCUCCAUCAGCUGGGCCGCUACAGUCUGGCCGAGAAAAUCCUCCGGGACGCGGUGCAGGUGAACUCCACGGCCCACGAGGUCUGGAACGGACUGGGUGAGGUCCUGCAAGCUCAGGGCAACGACGCGGCGGCCACAGAGUGCUUCCUGACGGCCUUGGAGCUGGAGGCCAGCAGCCCCGCGGUGCCCUUCACCAUCAUCCCCCGCGUGCUCUGAGCAGCGCCCCGGCCUCACUGCUGCCCAGGCCAAGGGGGCCCCGCCUGGGCGCUGAAGGUCGAGUGUGCGCACGAAGGCCCUGGAUGAAUGUGCGAUUGACCACAGUGGACUAAACAAACCAACCCCUGAUCGUCGCUCUCUACGUGCAUUUCUGUUGUCGUUUUCGCCAGCCCAAUGAUAGUUUCUGAACCUACUGACGUUGUUCAAAAUGGAUCAUGUGCCAUAUUUUGUUAGCUGACAUCUAAGUUUUAAGUAAAAUGAUCAUGGAAUUAAUCUGCAAAUGUAGAAGAAUAUAUUCAAAGUUAAAAUUCAGUGGCAGAACAGAUUAUUUUUAUCAGAGCUCUAAAGAAAACUGUUCUCUCCCCACCAUCACCACUCCUGCCCUACCCUUGGCCCAGAAACCAAAUGUGAAUUUUCUGUUUUCCGCCUCAGUACUCGUCCAAGCCAGGACACCAGCCGACAGUUUCUUAGUUUUGUUGUCAGUAAUUGUACCAUGUGAUAAAUUACUGCCCUCACUUAGAACAAAGCCUGAGUCCAAGAAUAUUUAUAUUUUACCAAUAUAGGCCUGUUACAAGAGAAGGAAAUAUGAGUUAUUUAAGUUUAACUUUUUUAUGUGAAUUCAGAGUUUAUUUAUCGAUGGAAAUAUGUACAAAGAAGCUUCAAAUGGAAUAUUUACCGACAUUCCUUAUACAUGACAGACACUUGGCUAAAUGGAAAGAUGAAGUUAAUAAUAAAAUGAUUUUUAAAUGGA